AUGCAUCCCAAGGCUCGAAUCCACGCCGACCCGGUGCGCGAGGUCGACCACUUCGACUGCCUGCCGGAUUCGCUCGUCCUGCUGAUCCUGAACAAGGUCGAGGACGUGCGAUCGCUCGGCCGGUGCUACGCCGUGUCCAAGCGCCUCUGUGGGCUUGUUCCCCUUGUCCAUGAUGUGUAUGUCAAGAUUGACCGCGUCGUGGCGGUCGACGGCGACGCCGAGGACACGCUCAACCUGUCCUCGCCAAAGCCUCGGAACAUCUUCUCGCACUUCCUGAAGCUGAUGCUCCUCACAAUCAUCAAGCCGUUCCACAACAUGCGCAACCCUAAUGGUACUGGAAGGCCAUUGUUCCCGCAGCUCUCGCAGCACUCGCCAGCACAGGUGCUCAGGAACUUCACGCACGUCAGGAAUCUUCGGAUUGAGCUCCCCUCUGGGGAUGUGAGUACUGAGGAGGGAGUUCUCCUGAAAUGGCGGGCAGAGUAUGGGAGCACACUUCAGAAUUGUGUGAUCCUGGGGGGUACCCGGGUUGACCGCAAGCCUGUUGGAGAGCAUGAGCCAUCUUUGGAGGAUAAUGGAAGCAUGCCAGAGUCUUUCUAUACCAAUGGCGGGCUGAAACUUCGUCGUCUGGACAAUCAGCUCUCUAAUUGCGGCAUCAACGAGGCACUAUCUUCUCCGCUCAAUCAUCAAUGA